AGUCGGCCGGUGGUUGAGCAGAACGCGAGGCGAGCGCAUUUUGUAUUUUCGUUCGCGCGUGUCGCGUUCGCAAUUUCACGCCGAGUUAGCUGCCUCUUCUCUUCCUCCCGCGUGUCGUCGCGGAUCGUCGCAGGUGCCGUGGCCUCGCGCGCCCGCCGCUCCCGCUCACGCCUCGCCCCACGUCGCUAAUUCACGCCGUCGCCCGCGCGCGAGGGUGCAUUCGCCUCCAGCCGAGAGGGCAGAACCCGUGCCAUCACCCCCGCGAUGUCGCCUAAAAAUAAGACGGAGAGCGAAUACUCUGUGGAGGAACAAUCGAGAUUAACGGGAACCGAUGGACCGGGUGGCGAUGAAGCCUCACCGGAAGACGAGGGAGGUUCGCUCUGCGAAUACCACGAUAUACCACCACCGCCGGACGGCGGUUACGGUUGGGUGGUGGUAUUUGCAUCAUUCAUGUGUAACAUGAUAGUGGACGGCAUCGCCUACACGUUCGGCGUCUUUCUGGGAGAGUUUGUUAAAUAUUUUGGAGAAGGAAAGGGCAAGACCGCCUGGGUUGGCUCGUUGCUGUCUGGAAUGUACCUCAGCGCUGGCCCCGUCGUCAGUGCUUUAACGAAUAAAUAUGGCUGUAGAGCAGUAUGUAUGGCGGGGAGUUUCUUAGGCGCCGCCGCAUUUGUACUUUCGACGUUUUCGAGCAGUGUAAAUAUGCUUAUGGUAACUUACGGUAUUAUGGGAGGAAUUGGAUUUGGUUUGAUAUAUCUGCCCGCGGUAGUUUGCGUAGGUUAUUACUUUGAAACCAAGAGAUCCCUGGCAACCGGUAUCGCAGUAUGCGGAUCUGGAUUUGGUACGUUUGCGUUCGCGCCUCUUGCGACCAUGUUGCUGGAGGCAUACAGCUGGAAGGGAGCAAACCUAAUCCUGGCUGGCCUCAUCUUAAAUUGCGCAGUAUUCGGCGCCAUGAUGAGACCUCUAGAAUAUCCAAAAGCUUCUUCCGUUAAGCCGUUAUUGCAAAGAAUGGCUGAGGAGAAGAGAUUUCAAAUGGAACGUGGUAGUAUCGGCGGUUCCUAUUUUAUGGUACAAUUGCCGGAUGGAUCCAUGGAGAAAAGGAUGAAAAUGCCCAUUAAUAUUGAUCCCGGUGUUCAUUCCAGCUUCAAUUUAGACCAAUUAGUGCCUGGAACUCCUUUAACACCAGUUCCGACGGUGCCAACCCUCCCCACAAUAUCCGAAGUGAAGGUACAAGAGCACUCUUCCAGUGGACAUACUAGUGAUAGCGGCAGUAUGGAUUUAAAGAAUAUUUCCAACAAGUCCAAAAGCAAGAAGAGUAUCGAUGAAACCAAAGACACGAAGGACGCGGAGAAGCCCGAGAACGAGUUUAAUAAGACGAUAAUCCCCAGAAAUGCGUCGCAGCCGGCUUUCACGACUCACGUUCAAGGUUUGCCUAAAAACGGCUCCGUGCCAUUCUUUGACAGAAUCCGUAAAACUAGUACCAGCGAACGCUACAAGCCUAGCCUUAGUGCAAUAAAGAACUCGAGGACAACGCUUAAUUCUAAUGGAGAUAUCAGAAAGAGCUUGCAUCUCAGACUUUCGACGAGCAGUAUGUUGGGAUCGCGAAAUAACAAUGCUGAAGUUGACGAUAGUGAAAGUAUUACUUUCACUACCAGUAAAGCUAGUAUCCCAAAGGAGAAACCAAUGAUGGUCCGUCCCUUAUCACGAAAGGAUAUUUUUUACAGUGGUAGCGUAGUCAAUUUACCAGAAUACCAAAGCCAGAAAUCCCUCGCCAAUUACCGUCAGAGUGUUAUAUCUAUUCCGAAAUCUGUACGUGGUGACUUGAAAGAUGUUGAUAUUGAAAAAGCGCAACAACAACCUUUGUGUCCAUGCUUGGUAUUACCUGAAUCAUUUAAGGAAGCUUUAGCGACUAUGAUGGAUAUGUCUCUGUUGAAAGAUCCCGUUUUCCUUCUAAUUGGUAUUAGCAACGUGUUUGGCAUGGCUGGACUGUAUGUUCCUUUUGUAUAUCUGGUGGAUGCCGCGGUCUUAGACGGAAUUGAAAGCAACUCUGCAUCAUUCUUAUUAUCCAUUAUUGGAAUAACGAAUACCAUAGGUCGUGUGGCUUGUGGAUAUAUCGCCGACUUUCCGCAAGUCGACUCCUUGUUGUUGAACAAUAUCUGCUUAAUUAUAUCUACAAUUGCAGUAGCGGCUACGCCGUUUUGUCAUACUUAUGUCGCUUAUAUUAUCAUGAGUAUAUUUUUCGGUUUAGCAAUAUCUGGAUAUAUCUCAUUAACAUCGAUCAUCUUGGUGGAUCUCUUGGGAUUAGACAAGCUAACGAACGCUUUCGGCCUUUUAAUUCUAUUCAGAGGGGCUGCCGCUAUAGUUGGUUCACCCUUAGCAGGCGCUGUUUACGAUGCGACGCAAAGUUAUAGCAUCCCGUUCUUCAUGGCAGGGUUCUUCUUCCUCGUAAGCACUAUUACUAGUUUCAUGGCCCCUGCUAUGAAACGGUGUACCACACCGCAGACUCAACCUGUGAUAUUAGAUACAUUGACUCCAAUCGACGAAGAUAUUGAGGAAGAGAAUGAGGAGGAUAUACCGGAGAUAGUAGAAACCGCGCCGUCACCCUUAGAGCCACCCGAGAAAGAGAUCAAGCAAAUAGAGUCUGUUUUAUAAGUAUUUCUGAUCUUUUUUAAACGGAUUAUAAAAAAAUCGCCUUCACUCCGAGCCACACUGUGAUAGGGCUGCUACUUUUGAAGUCUUAAAUGAAAGGUACUUCUUUGUUAUACACUUAAUCGAUAAAGCACAAAUUAGUGGCAAUACCUGAUGGAAUUUUUAUCGUACUUAGACUUGUACCAUUGUAUGUUUUGUCAUUUGUUUUGUUUUUUAUUGAUGCGAUAAACGAUAUAUACGCGCGAAAAUGCCAUCAGGUACUUAUUGUUAGUUGCCUAUAUGUAAUAGUGAGUGAUAGAACGUUUUAUUAACCUAAUCAGUAUCGAUCAAGCAGUAUAUAUUAUAGAGAA